AGACGGACGAUAAGAUUCAGCUUCAGACUAAAACCUCCACUUUGACUGAAAGAGGACGACUUCAGGAGAUUACUGGGAAUACUGGAACAGCUCCACUUCACCCAGCUGCUGAAUCCACAAACUGAACGACAGUUUUACAGGAAAGUAAAGUAACUUUGAGAGAACAGGGAGUGGCUGAGCUGUUUGUCUGCUGUGUUUUCAGCUUCACUCAGAGACUAAAUGGCUUCCAGAUUAGAUGAUGAUCUCUGCUGUUCUGUCUGCCACGACAUCUUUAAAGAUCCUGUCGUCCUGUCAUGCAGCCACAGCUUCUGUAAAGACUGUCUGCAGAGCUGGUGGACGGAGAAACAAACCAGAGAGUGUCCAGUUUGUAAGAGAAGAUCUUCAAGGAGUGAACCACCUUGUAACCUGGUGUUAAAGAACCUGUGUGAGAGUUUCUUACAGGAGAGAGAUCAGAGAGCUUCAGAGGCUCUCUGCAGUCUGCACUCUGAGAAACUCAAACUCUUCUGUCUGGACCAUCAGCAGCCAGUGUGUGUCAUCUGCAGAGACUCAGAAAAACACACCAACCACAGAUUCAGACCCAUCAAUGAAGCUGCACAACAACACAAGAAGGAACUUCAGGAAACUCUGGAGCCUUUAAAGGAGAAGUUAGAGGUUUUUAAAGGAGUUAAAGUGAAGUUUGAUCAAACAGCAGAACACAUUCAGGUCCAGGCCCGACGCACAGAGACGCAGAUUAAGGAGCAGUUUAAGAAGCUUCACCAGUUUCUAGAAGAGGAAGAGGAGGCCAGGAUGGCUGCACUGAGGGAGGAAGAGGAGCAGAAGAGUCAGAUGAUGAAGGAGAAGAUGGAGGCUCUGAGCAGAGAGAUAGCAGCUCUUUCAGACACAGUCAGAGCCACAGAGGACGAGCUGAGAGCUGAACACGUCUCAUUCCUGCACAACUACAAGGCUGCAGUGGAAAGAGUCCAGCAGCGCCUCCUGCUGGAGGAUCCACAGCUGCCCUCAGGAGCUCUGAUAGACCAGGCCAAACACCUGGGCAACCUGGCCUUCAACAUCUGGAACAAGAUGAAGGACAUGGUCUCCUACAGUGCUGUUGUUCUGGACCCAAACACUGCUGGUACAUAUCUCAUCCUGUCUGAAGAUCUGACCAGAAUGAGACGAGGAGAGAAACAGCAGCUUCCUGAUAACCCAGAGAGGUUUGUUUAUAACUCUGUUCGGGGCUCUGAGGGCUUUAACUCAGGGACUCACAGCUGGGAGGUCGAGGUUGGAGAUAAUAAAAGCUGGGAUCUGGGUGUGUUAGCAGAGUCUGUCCAGAGGAAGGGAGACAUUGGGUCUGGAUCAUGGAGAUUACAGUUCUAUGGAGAUGAAUACGCAUCACAGUCACCAUCAGAUGGAAUCACUGCUCUCGUAGUUCAGAAGAAGCUCCAGAGGAUCAGAGUGAAUCUGGACUGGAACAGAGGAAAGCUGUCAUUCUCUAAUGCUGACACUAACACACACAUACACACCUUCACACACACUUUCACUGAGAGGAUGUUUCCAUAUUUUUACAAUGGGCAUCAGAAUCACCCACUGCAGGUUUUACCAGUGAAGGUCUCUGUGGCUGCAGGACAACAGAAAUAGACGAUCAGCAUCGUUCUGUUCAAGACGUCCUGAAGUCUUUGAGGAACAUGUGACUACGUUGUCCUCAUGAUGUUUUUUCUCCGUCAGUGUGAGGAAAUGAUGUCAUGAUGAUGUCAUGAUGAUGUCAAAUCAGAUCAAAGAGCUGUCAAUUACUCUGUGACUGUCAGGCGUCUCUGUGGUUUCCUGUUUGAUUAUUGAUCAAAUCUUUGAAGUGAAUUCUCUGUAAAACUUCAUUCUCAUUGAUUGUUUUUCUUUUAUUGGUGUUUGAGGGUGUUAUAUAGAAAAUACU